AUGCUGGACGAGGAGGCCUCCUGGAAGCAGACCUUUUCGCUCGUGGAUGGCGUCCAUCCGAACGGGGAGGAUCACGCGGACCCGGACCUGCCGCAGCUCUUCACGACCCUGGGUUGCCAUCCCCACGAUGCCCGGCUUUUCGGUGAGCUUGGCGGGGAGGAGCGUCUCGCCGAACUCGCGGGCCGGCCGCGGCUGCUGGCCAUCGGCGAAGUGGGGCUCGACUACCACUACGACCUGAGCCCGCGCGCCGAACAGCGCGAUGUGUUCCGGCGCCAGAUCCGGGUGGCGCGGGAGCUGGGACUCCCGGUCGUGGUGCACCACCGCGAUGCGGAGGAUGACUUCCUGCAGAUCGCCGACGAGGAAGAACUCGCGGAAUGCGGGGCCAUCCUGCAUUGCUUUACGGCGAGCGAACGGCUUGCCCGCGCCGCCUGGGAACGCGGUUUCCUGAUUUCUUUUUCCGGAAUCCUCACCUUCAAGAACGCCGAAGAUCUCCGGCGGACGGCUGCCCUGGUGCCACUGGAGCAGCUCCUUGUCGAAACCGACUGUCCCUACCUGGCCCCCGUGCCGCACCGCGGGCGGCGCGCCGAACCCGCAAUGGUCGUGGAGACCGCCCGCUGUCUCGCCGCGGUGCGCUCUGCCGGGCUCGAGGCAAUUGAGGCGGCCACCGACGCCAAUUUCCGGCGCUUUUUCUUCAGCCGGCGGCGAUCAUCGGACAGGGGCCCCGCAGCGUGCAGCGCGUGA